AUGGAAGAUAAUGAUGGUUUCAUGAACAAGAUGGGAACUAAUAUGAACAUGAAGUUUGAGAAGUAUUGGUCAAAGUACAAGUGGGCUUAUACCAAGCUUCAUGGUAAGGAUUAUGAAGAGUUCAAAUAUGUUAGAGACACAUUGACAUCUCUUUUUGAUGUGUACUCGGAAAGUUUAUCUCAUCUUGUUACUUCGAAUUAUGGAAUGAAUGAGAUGGCUAGUCAUACGGAAGAUGGAGACACCAUUUUUUAG